AUGAACGGUAAUAUAGAUAGCCGUAGCUCUACUAAUGGAUAUUAUACUGGUAACGCUCCAAUAUACCGCAAUAAUUAUACAUCUAGUUUUGCACCGAACACUCCAAAAAUUUAUUUUCGAAAUUCAUAUUCACCAGCUAAUCACGAAAAUAUUCAUUUAGAAGAAAAUCAAAAAUCAAAUACUUUAAAUCGAAAUCGUCCAUACAUAACUAAUUUUCAACAAAUACACCAAAAACGAUAUUCAAAUAUUGAUGAACAUGGUUUUGAAAAUGGUGAAUCCUCCUCAUCCUCCUCAUCAAUAGCAUAUUAUAAUCGUGUUUAUGCGCAAGUUCGUUCAAAUACACCAACUUCUCAACAUCAAAAUCUAUCUAUUCCUUCAACAAUAUCCAAGCACUCAAGACCAGCGUCUCCUCGAUCUCAAUCUCCAAUACUUAGUCUAGUACCAAUAGUUAAUCAUUCUGCGUCGAAUUCUUUAAAAGAUGACGAUGAUGAUCCAUCACUUGAUUAUCGUCAGUAUACAAUGGAUUCACUGAUUCAACGAUUAGUACCAACCGAUACUUAUAUACCAAAGCAAUCAUUUAUUUAUCCAAUGCUUCUAUGUUCACGAAUGCACAUUCAACCCAGUAUAUUACUUAAUAGGUUAGGUAGUUUAACAUUGAGUUCAGUAAAACAUUUGACACAUGAUCGAGCUAUUCGAAUAUUGAAAAAUUUUCUUUAUGUUUUAUCACAAUGGACACGUACAUUUCCAUAUGAUUUUCGUAAUACAGAUACAAUAACACAGUUAGAAGAUAUUUUUAAAAAGCUUCAUUCUUCUGAACCAAAUCUUCAAUCAGAAACCCAUUAUAUACAUAAAAAACUUCUUUCAAAGCUAAAAGCGCUAGAAAAUUAUGAAGAAUAUAUACGACAGAUCAAUACAAAAGCAUUAAACAAUAUCAGUCACAAGGCAUUAACUACUGAUAUUAUCAAUGAAUGCCCAACACCAAUUUUAUUUGCUCAACAAUUAACUCAUAUUGAAUUGGAUAGACUAAAACCAAUAGGUGCUGAAGAAUUAAUUCAAUAUUUCAUUAUGAAAUUAUCAUCAGAAGAAGCUCGAGCUCAUCCAAAUCGAACUUUUAAUAGUCAAACAGCUAAAUCAUCAAAUAAUAAAUCAUUAGAGGCUGUUCAUGAUAAGAAGUUAACUUUUUGUCUUGAAACUUAUGUACAAUGGUUUAAUCGUUUAACGUCUUUUGUCACUACAGAAAUUAUUAAACAUACAGAUAGACGUUUACGUAAACGACUUAUUAAUUAUUUUAUUGAUGCUGCUUAUGAAUGUCUUCGUUUACAUAAUUUUAACUCAAUGAUUGGAAUAAUCGGUGGUUUAAAUAAGCAACCAGUAAAGCGUCUAAGACGAUCGUGGGAAAAAGUUCAAUUAGAAAAAUUUGAACAACUUGAACAAUACACAAAUGUAUCAAAAAAUUUUACUAAUUAUCGACUAAUACUCAAAUCAGCUGUAGAAGAUGCUGAAAAAAAUACUUGGGCAGUAGACAAAAUAGUUAUACCAUUUACUAGUAUUGUUGUUCAAGAUGUUUAUUUUAUAAAAACGCAUAGUAAAGACUACACAGUAGAAGGUGGCAUCAAUUUGAAGAAAUAUUAUUCCAUGGCAAAAUUUAUUUCUGAAGACUUUGUCCAAUGCAAACAAAGUAAAUGUUCGUUUGAACGAAAUGAUGUAAUUAUUAACUAUAUAACUACAUCACCGACAUUCAAUGAAAACUCCUUAAUGCUUGCUUCAUUUGAAUGUGAACCACCAGCAACAUCAAAUGAACAGGAGAAAUUAACUAUGCUUCAAACAACAGUCAACACAUCAACAUCAAAAUCUGGAAUUUAG